CCGCGGCCGAAAAGGGUUUUCCCAGACCCCAGCGUCGUUCCCCGCCGACCUCUUCGUCCGCCUGACGCCAAGCCGCCGCCCGCCGGACGCGUGCCCAAGGAAGCCGCUACCCGCCCGACACCGCCUAAGGAGGCCGGCGCUCGCCGCCAGAGGAACUCGCCGGACGCCUCCUGAACUCGACGAGGAACCUGGUUUGGGAAGCGGUGUCAGGGCCCUCUCCUAUCCAUGGCUCGCCGCCUCCUCGCCCGCCACUUCCUCCCGCACCUCCGCCUCCACGCGCGGUGCCCCGUGCUUCCUCCCCCGCGAGCUCCGGCCAUUACACGUUGCGGCGGCCUGUCAUCGCCUCCGAUUCGGGCGACUCAAGGGACAAGAUACUUUGCUGACGAUCGCUCACACUAUGACCUGUUUGGUAAAAGAAGGCCAGGGGAUGAAGAGUUCAGAAAAGCUUGGCAAGAGGAUGUUGAUGAGGAGGACUGUCUGUGGACAGGUAGUGAGGAUGAUGACGAGGAGGAAGAGAAUGAUACAAAAUUGGAGAGGGAAAUUAAGAAAGUGAAGAGGCAAGCCAAGGAAAAUGCAAAUCUCAUUGAUGCUGAUGACAGUGACGAGUUAAGAAGUAUAUGCCCUGAGAGUGAUGAAGAUGAUAUGACUCUCUGGAGUGGCAGUGAAGAUGACGAUGAUGAUGAUGUUCCUACAGAGGCACAUCCCAGUGAACGCAGUGAUUCGUAUAUUGAUAAGGUGUUUGAAUUUGAUGAGACACCAAAAUAUCAUACAAUCUCAGAGCUGUUGAAAGCUGAGAAGGAACCACCAGAGCUAUCUCCAGGAAAGCAAGCAAGAAAACUUGCUGUAGAAAAUGCUCUUAAGAAGUUGAAAAAAGGACCUGAUGGACGCUACAUUAAUGUAUUUGAUGUUGUCACUGAUAUAGAUAUCCUGAUUGGUGCAUUUGAGAACAUUGUUUCAGGGCCAGAAUAUGCAGAGCUGCGGGAGGGUGGACCAAAAAAGCUCAAUAUACAGUUCUUUAAGGAUAUACAAUCACGCAUGAGGGACCCAAAUUUCAAAUUUUCUCCAGAGUUGAAGCUAAAGCCAAAGAGUAAGUUAGUGUCUAGGAAAAAAUGGCAGAAAGCAAAAGCGAGGAAGAGGAAAAAUGACAGACGUUGAACUGAGAUAAUAUAAUGUAUUAAUCUUCUAGAUUCCUCUCGUCAGAAUGCUCUCUUCGGAGUUCUGGUGGUAGACAAGCUUAUCUGAAAUGUUUUUUCUUGGUAUGAUGACACAAGCACUUUAAGAAAAGCAUCUAUGUUCAUAUCA